CCAGGCUUCCUGCUGGAGGAGUUUCCUUCCCAGCCAGGCCGGCCCAGAAGCCAGAUGGUCCCAGGACAGGCCCAGCCCCAGAGCCCAGAGAUAUUGCUGCUGCCCCUGCUGCUGCCUGUGCUGGGGGCGGGGUCCCUGAACAAGGAUCCCAGUUACAGUCUUCAAGUGCAGAGGCAGGUGACGGUGCAGGAAGCCCUGUGUGUCAUCGUGCCUUGCAACCUCUCCUACCCCCGGGAUGGCUGGGACGAGUCUGCUGCUGCUUAUGGCUACUGGUUCAAAGGACGGACCAACCCAAAGACGGGUGCUCCUGUGGCCACAAACAACCAGAGUCGAGAGGUGGAAAUGAGCACCCGGGACCGAUUCCAGCUCACUGGGGAUCCCGGCAAGGGGAGCUGCUCCUUGGUGAUCAGAGAUGUGCAGAGGGAGGAUGAGGCAUGGUACUUCUUUCGGGUGGAGAGAGGAAGCCGUGUGAGACAUAGUUUCACGAACAAUGGGUUCUUUCUAAAAGUAACAGCCCUGACUCAGAAGCCUGAUGUCUACAUCCCCGAGACCCUGGAGCCCGGGCAGCCGGUGACGGUCAUCUGUGUGUUUAACUGGGCUUUCAAGAAAUGUCCAACCCCUUCUUUCUCCUGGACGGGGGCUGCCCUCUCCCCCAGAAGAACCAGACCAAGCACCUCCCACUUCUCAGUGCUCAGCUUCACACCCAGCCUCCAGGACCACAACACCGACCUCACCUGCCACGUGGACUUCUCCAGAAAGGGUGUGAGCGCACAGAGGACCGUCCGACUCCGCGUGGCCUACGCCCCCAAAGACCUUAUUAUCAGCAUUUCACGUGACAACACGUCAGCCAUGGAACUCCAGGGAAACAUCAUAUAUCUGGAACUUCAGAAAGGCCAGUUCCUGCGACUCCUCUGUGCUGCUGACAGCCAGCCCCCUGCCACACUGAGCUGGGUCCUGCAGGACAGAGUCCUCUCCUCGUCCCACCCCUGGGGCCCCAGAACCCUGGGGCUGGAGCUGCCUGGGGUAAAGGCCGGGGAUUCAGGGCGCUACACCUGCAGAGCGAACAGGCUUGGCUCCCAGCAGCGAGCCCUGGACCUCUCUGUGCAGUAUCCUCCAGAGAACCUGAGAGUGAUGGUUUCCCAAGCAAACAGGACAGUCCUGGAAAACCUUAGGAACGGCACAUCCCUCCGGGUCCUGGAGGGCCAAAGCCUGCGCCUGGUCUGUGUCACCCACAGCAGCCCCCCAGCCAGGCUGAGCUGGACCGGGGGGGAGGAUGUGGGCCCCUCUCAGCCCUCAGACCCCGGGGUCCUGGAGCUGCCACGCAUUCAAAUGGAGCAUGAAGGAGAGCUCACCUGCCAGGCUCAGCACCCGCUGGGCUCCCAGCACGUCUGUCUCAGCCUCUCCGUGCACUGCAAAUCAGGGCCCAUGACGGGGGUGGUUCUGGUAGCUGUCGGGGAGGUGGCUAUGAAGAUCCUGCUUCUCUGCCUCUGUGUCAUCCUCCUCAGAGUGAGGUCCUGCAGGAGGAAGGCAGCAAGGGCAGCACCAGGCAUGGAGGCUGCAGACGCUGUCACUGACUAAUCUCCAGACUCCAGACUGCUUCCAGACGCCUCCUCAUCCAGUUCCUCCAGUCUGAGCGGCCGUGUUUCCUCUGCAGGCCUUGC